CAGAUCGAACCUAACGUGACAAGAAUCACCUUCUUACUUUCGUGAAGGUCAUAAGGACGAACGGUCAAAAAAACUUGUUAUAGAAUCAAUAUCGAAACGGAUUUCAUUAAAUACUUUCAUUAGCUGUAACACGAUCAAAUCAAACAUGGGACGAAAAUUUUUUGUCGGUGGAAAUUGGAAAAUGAAUGGAACCAAAAAAGAAAUCGACGAUAUUGUUGCAUUUCUGAAAGCUGGUCCAUUGGAUCCUAACGUUGAUAUCGUUGUUGGUGUACCAUCUAUUUAUCUCACAUAUGUACGAAGUAUUUUGCCUUCUAAUGUUGAUAUUAGUGGUCAAAAUGCAUAUAAAGUAGCUAAAGGAGCUUUCACAGGUGAAAUUAGCCCAGCUAUGCUUCUUGAUAAUUGUAUUCCAUGGGUAAUUCUUGGACAUUCUGAACGUAGAAAUGUUUUUGGAGAAACAGAUGAAUUGAUUGCAGAAAAAGUUGCGCAUUCAUUGGAAGCUGGAUUGAAAGUGAUAGCCUGUAUUGGAGAAAAAUUAGAAGAACGUGAAGCUGGGAAAACGGAAGAAGUAGUUUUUCGUCAAACAAAAGCUAUUGCAGAUAAAAUUAAAUCAUGGGACAAUGUAGUUCUUGCAUAUGAACCUGUUUGGGCAAUUGGAACAGGUAAAACUGCUACACCUCAACAAGCGCAAGAAGUCCAUGAGAAAUUACGAAACUGGUUUACUAAGAAUGUGAAUGCAAAUGUUGCUGAAACAAUUAGAAUUAUUUAUGGUGGAUCCGUAACAGCAGGAAAUGCUAAAGAUUUAGCAAAAGAAAAAGACAUUGAUGGAUUUUUAGUUGGAGGUGCUUCUUUGAAACCUGAUUUUGUACAAAUCAUAAAUGCUAAACAGUGAACUCAAUGCAUAACAUAUUUCAUGUUAAUGUUUGUUUUUUUCUCAAUUAUAUGUUCAAAGGGUAUAUCUUUAAAACAUGCAUAUUAUCAGAACAUAUAUUUUCUUAUACAUCAUUACAAUUUUAAUUUCAAAAUUUUAAUUAUUAAACAUUUACAAAGCUCAAAUCAUAGUAAUGAAUAUUUUUUGAAACAACCAUAAAAUAAAAGCAAAUAUAUAUUUCAUAUAACAUACAUACAUACAUAUAUAUUACAUUGUUGUUAGAAUAGUUGUUUAAUGAAAAUAUAAUAAAUAUAACAAAGACAUAUAAAUGUUAUA